GCGAAGGGGGGGCUCGUUUCCUGACAACUAUUUACUUAAAGCAAUGAUUAGUUUUGGAAGGAUGGACUCGAACAUCGAAUCAAUUACGAGACUCGGUCUGUGAGAGCAUUGCAGUCUGAGCCGCGGGGAGCGAGGGAGGAGGAGGCGGCGGAGGACGUGGACAUAUUUUUGACUCUUUCUCUAGACUUUUCAUUGCGGAUUAACGUGUGAACGGGAAGGUGUCUGCAGUGAUGGGUACUUCCCCAAGGACAUUCCUGUUCCUGGGAUGUCUCCUGGCAGGACCCUGGCUAACUUUCUGCCAGCUUCCAUUGCCGACUGUUCUUCCGAAUAGAGAUGAAAUGGUUGUACAGCUGAAUUCCUCCUUUACCCUGAAGUGCUCUGGAGACAGCGAAGUGACCUGGCAGUAUCCAAUGGCUGAAGGAAGCCACAGAAUAGACAUUAGAAAUGAAGAGAACAACAGUGGUCUCUUUGUGACUUUGCUGGAAGUGGGGAAUGCCUCAGCUGCUCAUACCGGAUUAUAUACUUGUUACUACAAUCAUACCCAAGAGGAGGACGGAGAGGUGGAGGGGAAGGAUAUCUACAUCUAUGUGCCUGAUCCAGAUAUGCCCUUUGUUCCUCUACUUCCAGAGGAUCAAUUCAUCCUAAUAGAAGACGGAGAUUCGACCAUUAUCCCUUGUCGGACAAGUGACCCUAAUGCUCAAGUAGUUUUAAUUAACAGUGAAGCCAAGGUCGUAUAUGCCUAUUAUGACAGCAAACAAGGGUUCCUAGGAAAUUUUCCUGCAGGCUCAUACACAUGCAAAACAACUGUUAAAGGAGUGGAGUUCAAGUCAGAUCAGUUUUUCAUCUACAUUUUGAAAGCUACUUCACAGCUGCCAGUUGAGAUUGAGGCCCUUCAAACUGUACAUGUAAAAGGAGAAACAAUUGUAGUAACUUGUGUGGUCUUUGACAACGAGAUGGUUAAUUUACAGUGGAAUUAUCCAGGGAAAGUGAAAGAAAAAGGUGUGACAAAAGUUGAUGACAUUAAAGUUCCAUCUCAGAAGCUGGUUUACACUUUGACCAUUCCUGAGGCUUCAGUGAAAGACACCGGGGAUUAUGAAUGUACUGCCCAACAUGCAACCAAGGAGGUUAAAGAAAAUAAGAGAGUAGCAAUUACAGUUUAUGAUAAAGGAUUCAUUCAUCUGGACCCCCAGUUCAGUCCUUUGGAAGCAGUCAAUUUACAUGAGGUCAAAAAUUUCAUAGUGGAUGUGCAGGCAUACCCAGCUCCAAAAAUGAUCUGGCUGAAAGACAAUGUGACUCUGACUGAGAACCUUACAGAGAUUGUUACUAGUUCAAACAAGAUCCACGAGACAAGAUUCCAAAGUAUAUUAAAACUGAUUCGGGCCAAGGAAGAAGAUAGUGGAGAUUAUACUUUGGUUGCUGAAAACGGAGAAGAGACUAAAAGCUAUACUUUCUCAUUGAUAAUACAAGUUGCAGCGUCAAUUCUAGACCUAGUGGAUGAUCACCACAGCUCUGGAGGGGGACAGACAGUCCAAUGCAUGGCAAAAGGGACACCUUUCCCUGACGUGGAUUGGCUGAUUUGCAAGGACAUUAAAAAAUGCAGUAAUGAUACCUCAUGGAUGCUUCUGACUAACAACAUCUCAGAUAUACACAUGGAGGCUCAUCGGGUUGAGAAGGACCAGGUGGAAAGCCAGGUGACCUUCCAAAAGGUAGAAGAGACCCUGGCAGUACGGUGCAUGGCGAGGAACACUCUUGGUGCUGUUACUCGGGAACUGAAGCUUGUGGCUCCUACAUUGAAUUCAAAAUUAACCGUGGCUGCUGCAGUCCUAGUGUUAUUAGUGUUUGUGAUUAUUUUACUGAUUGUCCUGGUCAUCGUAUGGAAACAGAAACCAAGGUAUGAGAUAAGAUGGAGAGUCAUUGAGUCUAUCAGCCCUGAUGGCCAUGAGUACAUUUAUGUGGACCCAAUGCAAUUGCCCUAUGACUCAAGAUGGGAGUUUCCUAGAGAUGGAUUAGUACUUGGGCGAAUCCUGGGUUCAGGCGCGUUUGGGAAAGUGGUUGAAGGAACUGCAUAUGGAUUAAGUCGCUCUCAACCGGUGAUGAAGGUAGCUGUGAAAAUGCUAAAACCCACAGCUAGAUCCAGUGAAAAACAGGCACUGAUGUCUGAAUUGAAGAUAAUGACACAUCUUGGGCCCCAUUUGAACAUUGUGAAUCUCUUAGGAGCUUGUACCAAAUCAGGUCCAAUUUACAUCAUUACUGAAUACUGCUUUUAUGGUGACUUGGUAAACUACCUGCAUAAAAACAGGGAUAAUUUCCUGAGCCGACAUCCAGAAAAGUCAAAGAAGGACUUCGACAUUUUUGGGAUGAACACAGCUGAUGAAAGCACAAGAAGUUAUGUCAUUUUAUCUUUUGAAAACAAUGGAGAAUACAUGGACAUGAAACAAGCUGAUACAACACAGUAUGUGCCAAUGCUGGAAAGGAAGCAGGGUUCUAAGUAUUCGGAUAUCCAGAGAUCGUUGUAUGAUCGGCCUGCAUCAUAUAAGAAAAAAUCUGUGUCAGAACCAGAAGUCAAAAACCUGCUUUCCGAUGACAAUUCUGACAGCCUCAGUCUGCUGGAUUUACUAAGCUUCACGUACCAAGUUGCACGAGGAAUGGAGUUCUUGGCUUCUAAAAAUUGUGUGCACCGUGACUUGGCAGCUCGUAAUGUCCUUCUGGCUCAAGGAAAAAUUGUGAAGAUCUGUGACUUUGGUCUGGCUAGGGACAUCAUGCACGAUUCCAACUAUGUCUCCAAAGGCAGCACUUUUCUCCCAGUGAAAUGGAUGGCACCUGAAAGCAUUUUUGACAACCUGUACACCACAUUAAGCGAUGUCUGGUCUUAUGGCAUUCUGCUGUGGGAGAUAUUUUCUCUUGGUGGCACCCCAUACCCUGGCAUGAUGGUUGAUUCUUCUUUCUACAACAAGAUAAAAAGUGGCUACCGAAUGGCAAAACCUGACCAUGCUACCAGUGAAGUGUAUGAGAUCAUGGUGAAAUGUUGGAACAGCGAACCAGAGAAAAGACCUUCAUUUUACCAUUUGAGUGAAAUCGUUGAGAAUCUGUUGCCUGGCGAGUACAAGAAGAGCUAUGAAAGGAUUCAUCUGGACUUCCUGAAAAGUGACCACCCGGCUGUCACACGCAUGAGAGUGGACUGUGACAACACCUACAUCGGUGUCACCUACAAGAAUGAAGACAAGUUAAAGGACAGGGAGAGUGGAUUUGAUGAGCAGCGAUUGAGUGCUGACAGUGGCUACAUCAUUCCUCUGCCUGACAUUGAUCCCAUCUCCGAAGAUGAACUUGGCAAAAGGAACAGGCACAGUUCCCAGACAUCCGAAGAAAGUGCCAUUGAGACUGGUUCCAGCAGCUCUACCUUUAUCAAGCGAGAGGAUGAGACCAUUGAGGACAUUGACAUGAUGGACGACAUUGGAAUAGAUUCCUCAGACCUGGUGGAAGACAGUUUCCUGUAAUUCACAGGGAAUAAAUAGACAUCUUUGAGCUAUAUCAAAAGAGAAACUCUCCAUGCAGUCUUAAGGAUUUUUUUACUCUGUAGAGAAAACCACUUUAUUGCAAUGCAAAGGAUGCAAAGAAAGUAGAAAUUUGUUCCCGGCACACAGAGAUCAUCCUGAAUUUGAAAGAGUAAGACAGGCUGAAGCCAGCAUUUCAGCAUUGCAUUUUGCAGUACUUCAGUAGCAUCUCAGUGUUGUUUGCAGUUUGAAUAGGUACAAGGACAGAGGCCAUAAAACAGACCAGUUUUGUGUUUCAAGGGCAUUCAUGACUCCGAUGGAUAGAAUUUCCACUAUGGCAAAACAUCAUCAUUGUAAUUAUGUAAAUAACUGUCAGCUCAAGGAUCUUUUGAGGUAUGCAUUGAAUAUACUCUGUGGACUUCUGAAGAGACCAUUCCAGAUUUCUGUUUGAUUUCAGUUCUGCUGCUGAACUAUCCAUGUGUGAAUGAAGUACGUGCAAAAACCACUUUUGAAAUUUAAAGGUACCGGAACUACAUAACAUUUUAAUUUUUACAGUUAAUACAAAUAAAAAGGAAUAGUAAUUUAAAAAACCAUCUAUAAUAGGUGUUAGAAACCUAGUGAGUUUUUAACGAUAGAAAAUAGCUAUUUUCAUACUACUACUGUUUUCAAUAACACUAACUAUAUAGUUUAUAACUCAUUGUUCUUCAGUAAAAGCACAGAUUUUAAAAACUUAUAAGUAGGAUUUAGGAUUCAAAAUGUUUAUAUGAAACAAUUGUUGUAUUUGACUGUAUACAAUACGAUAAUUGCUCUGGUGAGCUAAAACUAGUUUCACGCGUAGAAAAGAACUUUGUAUCUUCUAAAACGUGAAGAGUUAAUUUGCCAGCAUCAGAUGAGUGGCUUUUUUACUAAGAUGUUCUUAAAUCAAUCACCUUUUGAUUUACUGAGGGUUUUUUUUUCAAAUGUAGAGCUAUUUUUAAACCUUUAAAUAAUGUACAUCAUGUUUCCGAAGUUAUGAUAAAACAGAGGUAUGACUAAUCAAUAGUAACAUUAUUGUUAGUGUUUAAGUAAUAUUUUGCACAUCUGUUCAAAAGGGAGCUUAUUUGGGGGUCAAAUGUGAAGAACUGAUUUGAUAUAUGAACUGUUCUGGAAGCAAACAAGGAAGCCUUGUUUCUUAGCCUGUGACUCCAGAUUAAAUAUGCAGUCAUCAUUUUGCAACACAUGUUCUUAUCUUAGUUUUCAGGUUUCAGUUGCAGCAGAAGAAGCUGUCUGUAUUAUCUAUAUCAACCCUCUAAGACAGGUAAUUGCUUUCAAGUGUAUUGGUUAUUCUGGUCUGAAUCCUUUACUUAGGAAAGAGGGACUACAAAAUGAAAUCGGCUCUUGGGUCUGCAAUAUUUGUUUGUUGAUAUAACAUGUACAUAGAAUAUGCUAUGAUUACUGCUGUCAUUGUGAAAUGUGAUGCUUUGGAAGUCUUACAGAUAAGGUACAUGCCAAUUAUGGGCCAAAUCCUAUUUGGUGCUUAGGUUUUAAACUCAGUAGGAGUUGUGUGCUCUGAGAACCUCACAGCAAGUGCUCAGUACCUGAGAUGACACACUCAACACAAAUGAGAUCUAAACUCAAGCUUGCAUGGGAUGUUUUUUCCUACUACAUGUGGAAUUGGACAACCAGUGAGUGACUAAACAGAACAAAGUGACUGGAUUCUGAAUAACAACUAAAACUAAACUUGAAGGACCAGUUGUUAGGCCCUUAGAAAUACUGUGCACUGCCUCUUGACUUCACUUACUGUGGUGAGCAGAGGAGAGCAAAAUAGGUCUCAAAUGUAGUACUGCCAUUGUUACAGAUAAAUCAGUACGGGUAUGAAUUUCAAAGUGUCAGAUGGCUCAGGCCACAUGCAAAAGUAUGCAUGCAUGCAACUGUGGGUGCCAAUGAGGCAUUUGCAAACAAAAGCCAGACAUAUUCAAAUUGGAAGUAAGGCACAAUGUUUUUUUUUUAAUCAAAGAGGGUGAUUAACCACUGGAAAAAACUACCAACGGAAGUGGUGGAUUCUCAAGGUCUUGAUGUCUUCAGAUCAAGACUGGAUGCCUUUCUGGAAAAUAAGCUUGUGGUAAUCUCAAACUAUGCUUUAGUCAAACACAAGUUAUUGGGUUCACUACUGGAUGAAAUUUAAGAGCCUGACACAUACAGGAGGUCAAACUAGGGUACGUCUAGACUGCAGCUCUUUUCCAGGAUACCAGAGGUAUCCCAGAAAAGCUAUGCCGCAUCUAAGGAAUGCAUCCGCUUUUUCUGAAAAAUAUCUGAAAAAGCGGACACAUUCUUUUGCCAUCCCUGUAAACCUUGUUUCACGAGGAAUAAGGGAUGGCUCAAAAAAGAAGGGUUUUCCAAAAUUUGGCGCUGUGUAGACGUGCCAAAUUUCAGAAAAGCCUCUUUUAAAAGAAAAGUGGAAAAAGAUAUGCAUAUUGUGAUUCGUAAUGUGUAUAUCUUUUACUGACUUUUCUUUUCAGUGUAGACAUAGCCCUAGAUGACCUAAUUUUGCUUUCUGGCUUUGAACUCUAUGAAUCUAUGAAAAAAUGGCCUAUUAGAUAGCUGAAGGGCCAUUUUCAUUUCUUAUUUUAUGCCACAGCUCAAACUUCUGGGUUUGCUGUGUCAGAAGUGAAAGCUUAAAAAAAUGCUUGAGUUCCUAACUGCUUGAGCAUUUUUUAUUACAAAUUAAGCACUGACCAACCAAGACCACAAAUUACAUAAAUUAUAUGUACAGUCACAUAACUUCAUGUUUAUGGUAGGCAAACAGUUUUGCAUAGGGCUCAUAUUUCAUCAUGUUUGAAAAUCAGGCCGUGUAGCUUAGUGUUAUCAAAAGACAGGUCAUGUAACAUUCUUAUACUGCCCCCCACCCUCCUCUUGUUGGUUUUAUUCUGAAUCUCACUACACAUUUUGGGACUGGACCUAUGCUUUAGAUUGGCACUCAAACAUUUCCUGUCUCGCCAUUCCCUUAUCAAUCAUAAACCCCCAGCCCUGCAAUGAGUUGCAUGCAGAUGGAAGCUUGUGCAGAACCCCAUUGAAGACCGUGGGGUUCACUGCAAGGUGAAGGGGUCUGUCCAAGCACAGUUCAUUGCAGGACUGGGGCCAGGGAUAUUAGCCUGGAAAAAUUAUUUGGAUUUGAGUAGAAAGCAGAGUUAAGAUUUUUUUUGUUUGUUUGUUUGACACUUUUAGCAUUGCAGAUUUUUUUUCUUUUAUGGCUUAAUUUUGAGAAGCCACCGGAAGAGAAAUUCCCAGUUCCUUCUGUAUAAUGACAAUCAAAACCUUCCUGUGAAACACAGCUUCCUAUUUUGAAUGGCCAAUCAAAUCCCUUAAAAUUUGGGCUGUCUCUUGUACAAAAUGGUCCUAUUAUAUGAUGAAGGACGUAAGAUAUAAUGAUGUUAUACAUCAAUAUGUAUAUAUGUAUUUUUAUAUAGACUUCUAGGCUUUGUCUACACUGCAAGUUUUUGCGGCAGAAAAUACGUUGCGAUGUCAUUAGCAUAUUUUCUACGGAUUCCUUUUGCGCAAGGGAUUUUUGUGCAAAAAGAAGCAAUGUAGCCGCUUCCGUUUUGCGCAAAAAAACCCCCCUUUUGCACAAGAUCCGUAUGCCUCUCCCAAAGUGUAGACAUAGCCCUAGAAUACUGCCAAAACAAUUAUGACAGCUGUAUCACUGCCUUUGUUUAUAUUUUUUUAACUGUGAUAUAAUCCACAGGCACGUUAACUGUUGCACUUUUGAAUGUCCAAAAAUUAUAUUUUAGAAUAAUAAAAAAAAAGUGUUUCCAAAAUGGUGGCAUUGUGAAGUGUUUGAAGAAGGGCUAACUGAUAUAAAUGAUGGGAAGUACAACAUGUAUUACAUAUGCCCCGUUCAUAUUUUGUCAUAAACCUGUACAUUAAGAUCUCUAUAUUUCAAUAAAUGAUAUAUAAUUUAAGGCUAUUUAGGGGUCUAUACUCAUUUAAAGAUGAUCACUUGAUAAUGAAUAAAACUUGCUCAGAUUGUCAAUGA